CAGCCUCCAUCAGCCGGCCAUGGCGCUCCGCACCUUCUUCGUGGGGGGAAACUGGAAGAUGAACGGGAACAAGGAGAGUCUGGAGGAGCUGAUGACCCACCUGAGCACCGCCAGCCUGGACGAUCAGACCGAGGUGGUGUGUGGAGCGCCCUCCAUCUACCUGGACUUCGCUCGCUCCAAACUCGACCCCAGGAUCGGAGUCGCCGCCCAGAACUGUUACAAGGUGGCCAAAGGGGCGUUCACAGGCGAGAUCAGUCCGGCCAUGAUAAAGGACUGCGGGGCAGACUGGGUGAUACUAGGACACUCUGAGCGCCGUCACGUCUUUGGGGAAAGCGACGAGCUGAUUGGUCAGAAGGUGGCUCACGCUCUGGAGAGCGAUCUGGGUGUGAUCGCCUGCAUCGGGGAGAAGCUGGAGGAGCGAGAGGCAGGCACCACAGAAGAAGUCGUCUACGCUCAGACGCAGGUCAUUGCAGAGAACGUGAAGGACUGGGGGAAAGUGGUGCUGGCGUAUGAGCCUGUGUGGGCCAUCGGCACAGGAAAGACGGCUUCACCUGAGCAGGCCCAGGAGGUCCAUGAGAAGUUGAGGGCGUGGCUCCGAGCCAACGUCUCAGACGAAGUGGCCGAUUCUGUGCGCAUCAUCUACGGAGGUUCAGUGACGGCAGCUAACUGCAGAGAGCUGGCGGCUCAGGGCGACGUGGACGGCUUCCUGGUGGGCGGAGCCUCUCUCAAACCAGAGUUUGUCGACAUCAUCAAUGCACGCGCGUAACAAACACAACAAAUGUCUCCAUCGGGACGAAUAAAAAACACUCGGCCCUUUAGAUUGUCACAAUGUGUCCUCAAACUGGGCUGACUGAUCCGCAGGCAGACGUGUGUCGAAGUAGAAGUAUUUUGUUGGAUCAGGUAAACAGAGGGUACUAGAAGUAAUUCAAAGUAAAUAUCAGCACUUUUUUGUCCUGUUUUGGUGUCAUUUUUGGUCAUUAAUCUCUUCAGUCAAACUAUUUCUAUUUCUUUUUUCAUUUAGUGUUCUAUUAAUGUUGGGUUACAUUAUCAAGUAUUUUACAACUUUUCUGACUUCAAUUCUGAUGAUGAGAAACUUUACAAAAGAGUGUCAUAUUUUCAGCUGAUUUAAUGACCUUUUUUGCAGAUUAAAUAAGUUCAGCACAGGUGAAAAGAGAUAGAGUGUACAAUCUUCUUUUGUCUGAAGACUUUUUCCUGUUUUACUUAUUUGAGAGUUGGAAGUGGUGACAAACAAGAUUUUAAAUGUGAUGCAAACAAUACACUGUAAGUUUCAUCACCUCCGCAAAACAAUAAAAUAUUCAAGUAUGUGAUUAAUAGUUGCAGCUGCUAAUUUGAGGUGAAGCGAUGUUAUUUCCAGCAGGUGAUCAGUCACUCCAGGUUGUCCUGUGUCUUGUAAUGUUGUAUUAAUGUUACACACUCUCUCACAAAUUGUAAACUGUUACUUGAGGACAAUAGGAGCUCUGGACCGAAUGUACUUAAAUAUCUAAUGCAGACAAAGUCUGUCCUUAGCUGUUACUAAGCUGUGAGAAGUUUGGACUUUUAUUGUGAAGUUGUCACCAAUAGGCACUUAAGAGUUAACACUGAACACUGCUGCUGUAUGUUUAACACUGGACCUAAAUAAAUAAAUAAAAUGUGAAUA